AUGUGUUAUCGAAUGUUGCAAUUACAAGAAGUUUCACUGAGUAUCCGUGUGCAAAAGAAUAGUAUCUUCUGCACAUCCUAUACAAGAAGUUUCAAUAUGAAUCUUGACCAUCUCUCUGUUGAAAAUCUGUCAUGGAAAGAUUGUAUAUCUUCUGGGAAAGUUGUUGGAGACCCAAACAGUCACCAACUCAGAUAUAAGACAUGUGUGGUGUUGGGGUGGCUACGUCUGCGUCUCGCAUAAGAAUAGUGUCUUCUGCACAUCCUAUACCAGAAGAGAAUGACAAGGGAAUUUCUUCAAACUACAAUGCAUUAAUAAGAAAACAGCUUUAACUCCAAUGUUGUAAACAAGUCUCCAGUUAUUGUGUGAGAAUUUAC